CGCUGUGGAGAGCAACUUUAUCCUCACCGACACCAAGUUCUGGGAGGGAGAAGCCCCCAAAGCAAGCAAGGAAGCGCUCUCUCUCUCUCUCUCUCUCUCAGACAGACUUGUGGCUGCACUUCAGUGGCAUCAGACGGCGGCGGCGCGCGACAGGAGCGGACGUUGCGCACGAGGCAAAGAUGAAGUGCUCGGGUCUGAUGCGCUUCCGCUGGACAGUGCUCUUCCUCAGCGCGUAUUUGCGCGUGGUGAGCGCGGACUGUGGCUCGGAUUGCGCCUACUGCUCUGUGCACAUGCGCCUGCAACAAACACACGGCAACUCUAUAGAAUGUGUGUUGCAGUGUGAAGGUCAUCUUUCCACUGGCGGCUCUUGGGGUAUAUGUCAAGAUUUCCUACAGACAACUGAAAACACACCUGAAGCAGGGCAAGCGUUCACAGAAACCUAUAGUCUACCCCAACAGCACCAUGAGGAGAAAAAAUACGGUGGCUUCAUGAAGCGAUAUGGUGGUUUCAUGAAGCGUUAUGGAGGCUUCAUGAAACGAUAUGGAGGCUUCAUGAAAAAAGCAGCCGAGGUUUAUGGGCCACAGCCAGAUGACAUAGACAAAGGCAGAGAAAUCCUGUCUAAGAGCGACAUGGAGAUGCUGGCCAAUCUGGUCGAAAACGAUGCUGAGAGGGAAGGGCCUGCAAUGAAUGAUAUCCUUAAUGCGAAGGGAGAGGCUGAUGAGUUAGAGGGUGUGGCAAAGCGCUAUGGUGGUUUCAUGAGAAGGGGUUAUGACUCAGGGGGUGGAGCAAAGCCAUUACAGAAACGCUAUGGUGGGUUCAUGCGGCGGGUGGGCAGGCCAGAUUGGUGGGAGGAGCCUAAACUUUACAGAGGUGUUGUUAAGCGUUUGCCACAGGAGGAGGAAGAGCAAGAGAAGUCACCAGCUAUGGGCAAGAAAUAUGAGGGUUUCGUGGAAUACUGACAUCCUUGCAGAUUGUGGUUAGCUGUUGAUAUUUCUGUUCUAUCCCCCUUCAUCUGUUAACUGUUAGAGGUUCUUCGUAAUCAUGGCAGAAAGAAUCACAUGCUUAUAAUGCACUUGUGCUGACACCAUUUGUAUAAUUUGAUUGUAAUAUCUUUGUAAUGCUGAACAUUUUCAGAAUGUGAAAAAAAACACUCUCAGAGGUAUAUUGUGGCUACAGGAAUUCAUGUUUGUGUAGCAGAAUCCGACACCAGAUCGAUGACAAAGUUUGAUAACUUAUGCUGAUCUGUCCUGUCUUCAUUUGUCACUUUUCCCUAUUUCCUUGGCUGCACUACAGAUAACGUUCUCUACACCAAAUUUACUUCGAGAUUGAUACAGGAAUAUAAACUAAUUUACUACAGCAACAGAUUUAGUGGUGUAAAAGUUUUAUUUAAUGACCACAGUAGAGUGAUUUCCCCACACAGCAGUGUUUCUCAUAGUGGGUUGUUUUGUUGACUGUCUAAAUUUGUUAUAUGCUGUACAGCUUGAAUAAACUGCU